AGCCUCUCUUCUUCCUUCCCCUUGCCUGGCUUUUGCUCCUCCAAAAGCUAAAAACCUCGAUGGAGUUCGCUCUCCAGUCGUCUUCUUCUUCCUGUUCGUCUUCGCAGCUUUCCUCAACCAUCCCUAAAUUUGUAAUCCCAGAUCGUUUCUCUUGGAAAAGGAGCCACUGCCCAGCUUUUCUGAACGUGUCAUCGUCGUCAUCAUCUCCUUCUUCGUGGUCUCUGUGUAGUAUAAACUGCUUGCCUGUUGGCACCCGAAAAUCCGUGACUGUCGGUGCUAAGAAGAGAGACAAGGAUGGGAAGAAAGGCUCGGACGGCUAUCUGUUUGGACCCGACGAGAGCACUGGGCUGUUCCCUGAGGCAGUGCUGCUCAAGGAGAAAAAGGUACAGGAAGAUGGUAAACUUAUACCUGAGUUUGCCGAUGCAGAAGAGAAGGAGCUUUUUGAAUAUCUGAACCUUCAGAUGGAAAGCAACUUAAAAGUUACAGAAAUGCGCCACUACGAAGUGGUUUAUCUAAUCCAUGAGAAGCAUGUGGAGGAGGUUGGGAGUGUAAAUCAAAAAGUUGAAGAUUUCCUACAGGAGAAGAAGGGCAAAGUAUGGAGAUUUGAGAACUGGGGUCUUCGUAGACUCGCAUACAAGAUAAGAAAGGCUAAGUAUGCCCAUUACAUUCUAAUGAACUUCGAAUUGGAAGGGAAAUGGAUCAAUGAUUUUAAGACCAUGUUGGAUAAGGACGAGAGGGUCAUCCGACAUCUUGUGAUGAAGAGAGACAAGGCGAUUACAGAAGUUCUCCCUCCUCCGCCUGAAUUCCACAAACUCCGCGGUGGCAUUGAUGAUGGUGAAGAUGAAAUGGAUGAUUUUGAAGAUGAAGAAGAAGAUGAGGAGGAGGAGAGCUGGGAUGUAGAGGAUGAAAUGGAUGACUAUGGAGAUGAGGAAGAAGAUGGCAUUAUUAUGGUCAAUAGUGAUGAAGAUGAAGGAGAAACUAAGAGCAGCGAAUCACCUUCUCCAGUUAAAAAAGGGAAAAGUAGAUCAAGAGCAGAGAAAGUUCUGAGGUAGUUUCAAGUUCUCAUUACAGCCUCAUUUUGGACUUGAGAGAGAAAAUUAGGCCUGUCUUUCUUUUUUCCUUUUCCCGGGUACAUUACCUGGAAGUCUAUCCUAUACCGAAGGCACAAUAUUUGGACCGCAAAAAAACAUGAAUUCUUGUCACAGCUUCUUUUCGUGUCUUUUGUUGUCUGAAGUUACAGAUUCUGAGGUGAAAUUUUGGGAUAUAUGCAUACUUCAGUCCUAUUUGUACGGGGCAAAAAUGGUAUCCCUCUGUUCUAGGAGUAGAAGCAGUGAGGUGCUUGGUUUGUAAGUUUGAUGGAUCCCUGUAAUUGGCCACUGUGAAUUGACAGCAAUAUUUUAAAGCAGCUGAACUUGCUUGGUUUCA